UUUUAGUUUCCACGGUUGCUUCAUAACAACGUCAUCAUCGUGUGAUCGUCUUUCUCCAAAUAAUUUUCUCCCAAAUUCCUCUCAAAAACCCUAAUUCCCCCAAUCUUAAAAAUUCAUCCAUCGAAUCCGCAAUUCCCACUCACCCACAAAAGAAAAACCCUAACUUUCUCGUUCUCGUUCCCCCAAUUUUGAUGGGUCGCGGCUCAGUAACCUCGCUCGCUCCUGGGUUCCGUUUCCACCCAACAGACGAGGAACUCGUUCGUUACUACCUCAAACGCAAAGUCUGCAACAAACCCUUUAAGCUCGAUGCUAUCUCCGUCACCGAUGUGUACAAAUCCGAGCCUUGGGAUCUACCAGCUGAAAAGUAGAGACUUGGAGUGGUACUUCUUUAGUAUGCUUGAUAAGAAGUACAGUAACGGUUCGAAGACGAAUCGUGCCACGGAGAAAGGCUAUUGGAAGACGACGGGGAAGGAUAGGGAGAUUCGUAAUGGCUUGAGGGUUGUUGGGAUGAAGAAGACGCUUGUUUAUCACAAGGGUCGAGCUCCUCGUGGUGAGAGGACUAAUUGGGUUAUGCAUGAGUAUAGGCUUACUGAUGAUGAGUUGAAGAAAACUGGUGCCCCACAAGAUGCGUAUGUGCUUUGUAGGAUAUUCCAGAAAAGUGGAACGGGGCCUAAGAAUGGGGAGCAGUACGGUGCUCCUUAUAUUGAGGAGGAGUGGGAAGAGGAUAAGAUGACGUUUGUGCCAGAGCAAGAUGGUCUUAGUGAAGCGUUGGCUGUUGAUGAUGAUGUUUAUCUCGACAUUGACGAGUUUGACGAGAAGCCUGAGAAUCUGGUGGUCUAUGAUGCCAUUCCUGUACAGCCUAAUUAUCUUCAUGGAGAGUCAAGCAACAAUGUUGAGUCAGGAAAUUAUUCAGACUCUGGAAACUACAUUCAACAAGGAAACUAUGUUGAGGACUCUGGUGCUUGCUAUGAACAGCCAAUUGAAACGUUUGAGGAGGAUCAGAAGCCUAUCAUUCGGGAAGGUAGCAUUCAGCCUUGUUCUCUGUUCCUCGAUGAACAAAAUGGUUGUGGUAUGCAUGAUGAGAACGCGGUGAAUUUGGAAACAGAGAACAAUAAUGUAUUUGCGACUGGUGAUUGCUACAGUGACAUUCCUAUUGAUACCAGCUAUAUGGCUGACGAGGCAUUCAUCGAUCCUAGCAACAAUCUUCCACUCAGUGAUGGUCUGUUCCUGGAAACGAAUGAUCUCGGCAAUCCUCUACCAGAUGAUUUCAACUUUGACGAUUAUCUUGAAUUCUUUGACGAUGAGGAUGGUCAGAAUUUGACUCUCGAUGUUUCUCAGUUGUUGGGAUCUGAAGACGCAAUUCCUGACCAAGAAGGCCUUGACCAGAUACCUUCCUCUGAAGACUUGGACAAGGAGGUCACAGAAGGCAACGAUGUGGUGGAGAAAGAUGAAAGUGGCGAAGGAUCUUCCUCAAAGCAAGAUGCAGAUGUCACAGACUUCGAUUCAGCUUCAAAGUACCCUUUCCUCAAAAAGUCGAGCCACAUGUGUGGAGCAACAUCUUCAUUUGCUUCCCAGUUCCAAUCCAAGGACAGGCUACACGCAGGGCAAUCUUCAGGUUCGGUUCACGUUACUGCAGGUAUGAUGAGAAUAUCAAACAUGACUCUAGCAGCGGAUACCGGUAUGGGCUGGUCAUAUGACAAGGACGGUAACCUCAACGUCGUCCUUUCUUUCGGCUUGAUCCAACGGGAUGAUGGUGGGGUGAGUUCCUUUGGAAGCAAGGCAGGAGGAGUUCCAGCGACAAGAGCUAUGUUGAUAUUCAUCUGCUUAUGGGUUCUCUUGCUCUCUGUUAGCUUCAAAAUAGGAACCAUGGUCUCUGCUCGGUGA